UACCCACAUAAAUGUAAAAAUACUUUUAUUUAAUAAUAAAAAAAUCAACAUAUUAUUAUUUUAUUUAACAAAUAUAUACAGUAAAUUAUAAAAAAUUAAUCAAUUUUCUCGUAUACAACCCUCAAAUGUUCAGUAAGCCCAAUAUUCUCAGUCUCCAUGGACAAAAUUAGUUGCAACUUGCCUUCUUCGAUCAACGAGUAACACCUUUCAAUACCAAUCACUGCAGGAUCUUUGGCAAACGUCAUUCUUGCAAUCUGGACGCUUUUAAGGCAAAUUUCAUUACCCUUAACUGUGCCUUCCUCCAGAGAAGUCAAACCAAAGUUAUGAGCCACCAUAAAUGCCACUUCAUUGGUGCCCGCAGCUUUUAUCCUUAAAAACCCUGACUCCAAGUGCAUGGGUUUGGGCCCGUUGGGGUUGUAUGCGAUGGAAUUGUAGUUCAACAAGGGCUGUCCAAUCGAAGAAAACGUUACUUCUUCGCAGUAUGUAAAAGGGUUUAUCGUGGGAUAUGCACCCUUAGCACUAAUAGAUUUCCAUUUUCCGAUUAAAAAACUCAACGGUUUCAAAGCUUCGUGGAUUUGAGGUUUAAACAUCAUCAAGUAUUGUUUUUAAUCUUAACACAGUCGAAGGUCCUGAAAAAUGUGUUUUUGAAUGCAUUGUUCUGAUAUGUUUCCUUGGUUUUGGCUAUCCUAAAAAUUCCCUGACAGUUGGCUGUACCGACUUAUUUGUUUUUAUUAUUAAUUUAAAUAAUUUGUUUGUUUGUAAUAGUUACCAAUAUUUUAUUUAAAUGUUUUACAUUUUAAUGUUUAUAUUUAAGUAUUUUGAAUGAAUGUUUUAUUUAAUUAAUUUUAAAACUUAAAAUACGUAUUUCCCCCAUUUUGAACAAUUUUGAAUGUUGGUACAAUUGGGUACAAUAAUUCCCUAGAAACUGAUACACUACGGCUAGAUUUCUUAUUUUUCUAAGUAAAAACUGUGUUUUUUUAUACCGUAAAGCUUUUAGAUCCAAUACAACGAUUCAUUGACAUGUGCAAUGGAGCAACAAAUAGUAAAAAAAGAACCUGAAGAUAUUUCGAUGAAUUACGUUCAACUAAGUACCUCUGCUGACCUAGAAAUGCCUUCAACCUCUGGGGUAGCAAUAAAACAUGAAAUCAAAGAAGAGUUGGAUGAUGGGGAAAACUUUAUGGUCUAUGUGAAAGAAGAGUUAGAUACAUAUAAUGAAAACGAUCUGAAAUUUGAAGCAGAAGACGAAAUGUUUCUUUACAAAAGUUUUAGAUCUAAAAUCGAUCAAGAAAGUGAUGAUGGAGAAGGAGGGGAAGAUUUGUCGUGCAAUAUUAGGGAAAAAAGUAGUGACAGUGACUUUUCUGAAGGGAAUGAUUGUCUUUAUGAGUGCCAGCAUUGUUUUAUUCAGUUUUUCAACAAAGAAAUUUGUUCAAAACACGAAACUAAGUGUCUAACCCCAAGGGUGAGAGUUAUUAAAGAAAAACUGUUUGAUUGUGACUUUUGUUCCAAAAAAUACCAAACAAAGCCAGAUUUAAUUCAGCACAAGAAGUAUAUUCAUAAAAAAAAUGAACUGGCAAAAAUGACUUGUGAAAAGUGCGGUUAUGAGACAGUACAUAAAGGUAGCUAUAAUAGGCACAUGAAAAAUCAUGAUAAAAAAAAUUAUUUGAAGUGUCAUUUUUGUGCGUAUAUAACAGCGGAAUUGAAGACUUUAAAUGCGCAUACCUUAAGCAAACAUCGAGAAGAGAAUAAAAUAAAAUUGACUUGCAAAAUCUACGAGUGCGCCAAAUGUUUAUACUCGACUGUCAGAAAGUACGACUAUGACAAUCACAUUAAGGUGUGUCUGAAAUUAAAAAACCUUGAAUCGUUUCAGUGUCAAAUUUGCCCCUAUAAAACAAUACGUAAAAGUACCUUAACAAGGCAUAUAAAAACUCACAGCAAAAUAAAACAAUUACAGUGUUUGUUUUGUGAGCAUAAAAGUAAUGAAAAAAUAAAUUUAGACAACCAUAUUUUAACUAAACAUGCAGAAAUGUUGAAUGAAUCAAAUAAAAAUUUAAUCACUGCCAAAGUGCAUGCUUGCAAACACUGUAAAUAUAAAAGCACCAAAUUGGGGAAUUUUAAAUACCAUAUGGAAAAUCAACAUCAAAAAUAUUUAAUUUAAAAUUUCACCUCUAUUGUUUUAAAAAGUUUAGUUUGUGUAAAUUUUUAAUAAUAAAUAGGUAAAUCUGUUUACAAUUUGUUUUUUAUUUAACCCCUAAAAAAUGUAUGAACUUGAACAAACGUUAAGAUUGGCAACACUGAAAAUGAGCCAUCUUGAUAAUAACCAAUGAGGUUAAAUAGUAUAUUAUUUGACGCCCAUUUCUUGCAAAGUAGGCGUGGCUACGGUGUCGAAAAAAAAUUCUCUUGCUUUUUGUAGUGAAGUUUGCAACACAAUGGAGGAAAUAGUCGUUAAAAUGGAACCUGACGAUUCCUUUGCUGAACAAGAAACGUCUGGAAUAGCAAUGAAACAAGAAAUCAAAGAAAUGGAUGAUAACGACAAAUCCACCAAUGACAAAUAUAGGUUUUUUGUCCUAGGUUUAAGUGGUGUGGCGAAACAGCCCAAAUCGGCUUCUCAGCGGAAUAAAGAGUACCGAGCUCGCAAAAAACUAAGGCAAGCGGAUGCGACAGCUAAUUCGCAACGUUGCAAAGAGUAUCGCGAGCGUAAAAAAUUAGGUCUAGCGGGUGAUUUAUAUGCUAAAACGAAUUCCCAACGUUGCAAAGAGUACCGCAAGCGUAAAAAGUCAGGCAGAUGAACUGCGAAAAAAAAAGUUAUAAUUGAAAAAUAUAAAGAAUUUUAUUGUCUACAAAAAACAUCCCUAUGAGUUUGGACGAAAUUUUGACAGGAAGCGAGAUAUUUGACGUUUUUUGAAAGACGACUGCCGCGGCACUACUUUUUGUUAAAUAUUUCGAUUUCUGACAAUUUUUCGACAAAACUCAUAUUAACUUUUUUGUAGACAGUUAAAAUCCCCUUAUUUUUUACCUAUAAAAUUUUUUUGUAAAAUCUAUAUUAACGAAGAUAUGACAAUAUGUAAUAUUGAAUUCCUAAACGAUUUUAUUUCACAAAAAAAUGGUUUAUACAAAAAAUAUAGAGAAUUUUAUUAUCUACAAAAAACAUCGUAACGAAUUUUGUCAAAAUCUUGACAGAAAGCGAGAUAUUUGACGAUUUUUCGACAACGCUCAUAAUUAUUAUUAUAAUAUAGUAUAUAUAUAUAUACCUAUAAGUACUGUAAGUAUUUAAAUCGGUUGAAAAUCGUGAUAAAUGUACAAAUUUCACUGUCUUAAUAGUUUAAAACAAGAAAGACAAUAAAAACAGCUGUCAAAGAAUUUGGUUAUGUUCGGAAAUUUUUAUUUUUUGCAUUAUUCGUAAAUCUUGAUACGCCUAUUAUACCCA